CCUUUGCUAAACGCUUUCCGGUCCUUGUUUGAAAAAAAAAAAAAAAAAAAAAAAAAAAAAAAAACAAUGGACUGGACGUACGGCUCGGGCGCGCCUAAGAGUCACCCGAAUCCCAGCAGCUACGCUACCGGCAGAGACGUGCCGACUAGCUACGGCUACGAAAUAAACCCCAACCAUCCUCCUCCUGGAUUCCCCUGCGCUUUCCCCUCUCCGCAACCCCCUCCCAUGGGCUACUUCCCCAACGUUCCGCCUCCGCUUCCGACUUACCAACCAGUGGUCCAGAAUGUCAACUGGGACGCACCAAAAACUGAUUUGCGGGCACCCAGCGAGUUUUUUCACGACUCUCCCGUGGAUGAAAAUGCUCUCCAGAGGAAGCAGGACGAACAAUGGUUAGGUUGUUUCUUACAGCGAAGAACCAGGAAAACUAAAGAAGAUUCUCGGACGGCACAGUCGAAAUCUCCCCUCGAUUUUGGAGGCGUCUUACGUGACGCCGCGCGUCUUGCAUCCCGACUGUCCGAAUCCUGCCAAAAGCUUACGGGGAACCUCGGCGACGACAGCGUUGUUUGGGCCGCUGCUUACGGGGACGCCUUACGCCUAAAACAGGACCUCCAGAAUAAAUUAUCGAGCCUGACGGACGCUUUUGAUGCUAAAAAGCGUCACGUCGCGAAGGUGCGAGAGCGGCGGCUCAAAAGCAAGCGAAAAGCCGAGAUGUUCCGAGCCGAGCGGGAGGCGCGGCGAGCCGAGAAGGAGAGCGCCGUCGACAAAUGGCGGCUGCAACAGAUCCACCGGGCAGAGGAGGAGAAGAAGGAGCGCGAGCUGCAACUGGCGGCCGACUCGGUCCUGUGCGAGGUGCGCAAGAAGCAAAGCGAUAUAAAGCGCAUGCAGGACGUCCUGCGCUCGCUGGAGAAGCUGCGGCGCCUGCGCAAGGACGCCGCCGCCCGCCGGGGCGUCGGCACCGGGGAGGGCGAGGACGCGGCGUUCCAGCGCCAACUGGACGGGCUGCGGCGCGUCACCAAGGCCAGGACCCUCAUUUACACAGCGGAGGAGAAGGCGCUGACAGUGAUGCUGGACAGCGUGCAGGAGGAAGAGCGGCGCGCCCUCAGGAAGGACAGGGAGCGCCGGCACAAGCACAAAAUGGACGCCAUGCUGUUCGGCGAGGAGGCGCCCGCCAACGCCGCCCUCAAGCCGUUCGCGGACUACUACGCCCAAGCCGAGUCCUCGCUGCACGCUUUGCUUCACGUACGACGCCAGUGGGACGUCUUCCUGGUGCCGGAUGAUCAUUGUGACGGGACGUCGAUCCCGCCGGGUUGGAUCGUGCCCGAGCCGCCGUCGCACCCUGCCUGGGCAGCCGCUCUGGUGGAAUGAUCAUCUACCAAAAUGUUUUUUUGUUUUUGUUGUUUUUCUUUUUUUUUUUUUUCAAUCAUAGAGUCAGAAAGUAUAAAAAAAAACGGCAGUUUGGCAGAUAGUACUUCACUUGUAUGUAAAGCAACCAAUCAUCGUUGCUUAGUGAAAGUCAGCUUAGCUUAAUGCUAACAAAACUGAAAAAUGUCCUAAGCGAUCAAGCAUCGAUGACGUAUACCCCUUCAAGCAGUGGACAUUUCAAGACAAAUCAAGGCGCAACACAUGUAGACAGACAAUAUAACAAUACUACUGUUGGUUAUUUUUUUGGUUCUCAACUGAAAAACAUUUAAUAGUUCUGAAGCUGACGGCACGGUGAAUCGGCUAGUAAACCGUCGGCCCCACCGUUCUGAGGACCCAGGGUUCGAUCGCGGUCCCGCCUGUGUCGAGUUUGCAUGUUCUCCCCGUGCCGGCGUGGGUUUCCUCCGGGCACUCCGGUUUCCUCCCACAUCCUAAAAACAUGCAACAUUUAUUGGACACUCUAAAUUGCUCCUCGGUGUGAUUGUGAGUGCGGUGUUUGUCUCUAUGUGCCCUGUGAUUGGCUGGCAACCAGUUCAGGGUGUGCCCUGCCUCCUGCCCGUUGAUCGCUGGGAUAGGCUCCAGCACUACUUGCGACCCUCGUGAGGAUAAGCGGCAAAGAAAAUGGAUGGAUGGAGUACUGCGGGUGACUGAGAAGUUGUGGCCAUCUACAUGUUUGUUCCCCAAACCUCUUGUCCUGUACGUCAGGGGUGUGAAACUCAUUUUUGUCUCGGGGUUUCCCUCAGAGGGCCGCUCUGACUGUGAAACCAUAAAAAUCUUUAACCGCCUCAUCAUAUUUUCACACAAAAUUGAUGAACUCGUUAUGGAAUCAGAAAUCAAGCGUAAUGAGUUUUUUAACUAUUGUUGUUUGGCGACACAAAAAUGCUUGUGAUAUCUCACCGGGCCCCCGGGCCUUGAGUUUGACACCUGUGCCUCCGAGUGUCAUUGCCCCACAGAUCAGAAUGAACACAUUUCCUACCACUAGUUACAUUCUCUGUAAUUAUUGCUUCUUGUGUGUAGGUAGGGUGAAUUAUGAUUAUGAUUUUUUUUGUGAUGAGAAUAGAAUAGAAUUAUGGCAUUUCCAUUCAUUUGAGUUUAGAUGCGACUUCAGUGAUCAUAUGUGCGGUUAUUAAAAAGGUUUUCCUGACUGGAAUAGAUGAUGUCUUUUUUCAUGAUUUAAUAAUAAUUGUGUAAUGAUGGCAGAAAAUGGCUUGCGCGCCCUUUAACAUCCCAAUUUAAGAACAGACAAGGUGCUACUUUUUUUUUUUUUUUAAUUGUAAAAAUGCAAGUUGACACAAUAAUCUGUCAUUUUAUUCAUUUUUAAAAACUAUAUUUACACAUUUCUAGGUGAUUCUCUACAUGUAUCUUUUGACUGCUUUCUGUAAGAUUCUUCAAAUGUGUUUUUGAAUUGUAAACCAAAUAUUUUUGGGGAAGGCUCCAUGCCACGCCCAACCCUAAUGAGGAACUCUUAAUUUAUAAUCCGAUUAUUUUAUUAUAUGUGUGGGGUUUUAUCGUAUUACAAUAGAAAAUUGAUAACUUCCCGCGGCUCUUGUGAGGAUAAGCGGUUAAGAGAAUGGAUAGAUGGCUAAAUUGUAAAUGUCAACCGCAAUGUGUUCUUGUGACCACACGGGGGAGCUGUUCGCCCUCGGGACAAGUGCGUUUUUCUCGAGGAGUAUAUCACGUGAUAGAUGUAGCCAAACUCCGCCCACAAAUAUUAAAUUUGCCAACAACGUGCUUAUUUU